GAGAAGCUUAAAAUUUUAGAAGAUAUCCCUGGGAAAGUGAGUUGUGGGCCAGCACGUCAUGGCAAUCUAUCUCAGUGUCUGAGUCACGCUGAAACAAUCAAACUGCUAGCAUUGACUGAGCCACUGGAAGACGAAGAAGAAGAAAACAUAGCAGAUUUAUGGAAGCUGAGAGAAGAAAAGAGAUUUGCGUUGUACAAAUGCUGGAUUGAGAAAUACAAGACAUCACUGACAGAGGAGAUGAAGGACCUCACAGAACAAUACAACUCAUUGCGUGAAGAAGAUCGUAGAGACAAAGGAGAGGUAAUUUUGAGGGAGUUAAAAAGUGCUAAGGUAAUCGGAACGACUGUAGCUACCGCCGCUGAAAACAUGGACCUCCUCAAGGAAGUUGGUUGCCGUGUAGUUAUUGUGGCAGAGGCUGAAAAAAUUAUUGAGUCCCACGUUGUAACUCUUCUGAGCGAAGCCUGCGAGCAUUUAAUUAUGAUUGGUGACCACCAACAACUCCAUCCCGAAACAAUUGUCCCCCAGAUAGCCAAAGAUUUUGGACUGGAAAUGUCAUUAUUUGAAAGACUCAUCAAGAAUAAUAUCCAGCACGUACAGCUCAGAGUCCAAUACAACAUGAGGCCACAGAUAGCUAAGAUAAUGAAGCUUAUCUACCCAGAUCUUAAGGACCAUGUUUCAGUUUGUAACUUGGAUCACGUCCGUGGGAUCUGCAAAGAUGUCUUCUUCAUUGACCACAGGCUGAAGUCAUUAAAGAUUGACAGUGAAGAAAGUCAUUAUGACAAUACGCAUGAAGCUAAAUACUUGGCUGCCUUGUGCAAAUAUCUUCUAAACCAGGAUUAUAAGCCAUCUGAUAUAACAAUACUAGCACAACACGAUUGUCAGGUCCAUGCCAUCAAAACUCAGUUUACCGGAUGUCUAAAAUCGGAUCAGCAAGUUAAUGUCUCGUCGGUAGAUGAGUUUCAAGGUCAAGACAGUGACAUUGUCCUCCUGUCCCUGGCAGUUGGUAACGAAGACGAGGCUCAUGACGUCAUUCUAGAAGAAGGCUGGAUAAGUUUAGCGCUGUCACGGGCUAAGGUCGGUUUGUACGUCAUUGGCAACUUUGAUGUGUUGGCUUGUCAAAGUCCACUGUGGUCAAAGAUAGUAGCCACGGCGGAAAAAGACGAGAUCAUUGGCUGGGGGCUGCCUGUCUACUGCCAGAAUCACCCGAGCACUAAAAAACGCCUUCUCUACGUCACAGACUUCGGACGGUGUCCGGAGGGUGGAUGUGGGCGACCAUGUGAACAUCUGCUACCGUGUGGUCAUAGAUGUGUGUUGAGCUGUCAUGGUUAUGACAUUACUCACGUCAAGUACAAAUGUUCGGAGAGAUGUGCUAAGUCAUGCAAGGCCGGCCAUCCAUGUCAACAAUAUUGUUUUGAGAAGUGCAGGGAUUGCCAUGUUCCUGUCCUGAAAGUUUUUCCAGUCUGUGGAGAUCUCAAUGAAAUACCAUGCUAUCAAGAUCCUGAGUUGUCCACCUGUGUGCAGGAAUGUUCUCAUAAACUUCCAUGUGAACAUACAUGUUCGGGGAUAUGCUGCAAAACUCGAUCCGGGAAUGUUCACAAGAAAUGCGCAGUUCUUGUGUCGUACAUAUUCUCCCCGUGUGGUCAUUAUGGCCAGGUGCCUUGUCACAAAUGGAACACCCAGGUCCCGUGUGAUAAACCAUGUGAGGCUGUCCUAAGCUGCGGGCACAAGUGUAAAGGUUCUUGCUCCAGAUGCCUACUUGGAGCUGUACACGAAGUGUGCCAGGAAAAAUGCCCAAAACGUCUUCCCUGCGGUCAUAGAUGUAUAGGCUACUGCGUCAUGCCAUGUCUACCUUGUACAAAGAUCUGCCCCUUACAGUGUAGUCAUAAGUCAUGUCAGUCAGAGACGCAUCGACACAGAUGUGGUCAACCGUGCCCGCCGUGCAUGGAGCAAUGUGUUACACAAUGCAAGCACGUCUCAGGGACAAAGCUUUGCUCGCAGCAAUGGAAAACCCGUCUCUGUAACAAGAAGUGCAACCGAAAAUUUGAAAAUGUUGAGAAAGAUCCGGAAGCUUCUGGCAAGAAUAUUUGUAAUCAUAACUGUGCCGGGAUCUGUGGGGAGCUGUGCGUGUGUUUACACUGUGAUCGGGUCAAUGACCUAAAGAAAGUCGGAAAUAAUCCGAAGAAGACGUUAGACGAAGGACUCGUUUCAAAGAUUUUGGACAACCUCGAGGAAAAAGUCAUUUUUAAAAUUCCUUCAUGCGGGCACAUCUUCUAUGUGGAACAGCUUGAUGCAUUUAUCGCCGACAAUGCCCCGGUGGGCACAAGUUUCAUAUUUUGUCCAGUUUGUCCAAAGCCCAUCAUGCAAUGCAAGCGCUAUGACAACGUCUUAAACGCAAGACACAAAAGAAGAGAGGACCAGAAAGCCUUGCUCUUAAGUCCGACAAGCGUGUUAGAGGACGAGACACUUAAGCUUGAGGAGUCCUAUGAAAUUUUGAAAAUGAUGUCAUCAACCGUUUAUGAAAGACUUGCCAUUUAUGCAUCUCAUAGUUAUAAUACAAUUGAACUGCAAGCGAUGUCUUUUAAAAUGAAAAUCGUGUUUGUGCUGGGUCAGAUUUUAACGUUGGGCAUCAGCCUGCAUGAUGAAGUCGAAAUGGACUUGCUGGCCAUCAAAGACUCUGCUCUUAGAUCUCAUGACCAUCUAACAUCCCAGCGCAAGAUGGAGAGUCUCUUCGAAGUUCUGCGAUGUCUGAAACUAACAGUUCUCAUUUUCUUGGAGGAUAUCAACUUCCAGUAUGACAUCCACGCACCGAGGAGUCUAACCUGGCAGGUGGAGUCCAUGAUCAAUCUACUCCGCGGCUCUCAAAGAAAUCCCG